AAAAAAUUUUUUUGUAAUUUUUUACGUAUACAAGUAACUUCAAAUCAUAUUACACGUUUUGAUUUAGAAUAACAAACAACAAAAGUGUAACUGCGAUUACCGAACUUCUCAAAUUACCAAAUUUCCGUUGUGAUAGAAGAUACAUACAAAAAAAAAUGGAUUAUGAGCUCGCCAGGAAGGAGUUGUGGCAGUUAGGCGGCGUCCAGCGAGUCAACUUCUUCCUCAUAUGCCUGCCGAUCCUGUUCACCGCCAUGUUCGACCUUACGUACGUCUUCACCGCGGGAGACGUCAACUACAGGUGCGCCGUGGCAGAGUGUGACGGCGACCAGCCCCAGCUGCGUCCCGCGUGGUUGCGGCAGGCCGUGCCACACCGCAUGAUGCCCGGCGGGACGCUGGAGCCCCAGCGCUGCCUCAGGUACGCCCCAGCGCCCGGCGGUGGCAAUGCCAACGCCACAGGGCCCCGUCAGGACUGCGUCGUGGGUGGCAGCAUCGUGCAGUGCUCUGCCUUCGUGUUCGACCCUCUGGAGAGCACCAUUGUCAGCGAGUUCGGACUCACGUGUGAUCAAGAGUGGAAAAGAAGUGUUCCGGGCACCGUGAAUAACAUCGGUCAGUUUAUCGGACUGCCACUCGCCGGCUUUAUAUCAGAUAAAAUUGGUCGUAAGAAGUCCCUGGUAUUUUCUGCGAGCUUAGUCUGCCUCUUGGGUCUCCUCCGUUCCUUCACCUGGAGUUUCAAUUCGUUCAUUGCCCUGGAGUUCCUGGAUGCAGUGGUGAACGGCGGAAUAUACUUCUCCAGCUUCAUUCUGGGCAUAGAGAUGGUGAACCCGCGGAGGCGGGUGCUGGCGGGCACGAUUCUGAGUGUCUCGUACUCGCUGGGGGAGUCCCUGCUGGGGGCGAUAGCAAUGUUCGUGAAGAGCUGGCGAACACUGCUUCGCGUCAUCUACGCUCCGACCAUCUUGUUCCUGACUUACAGCUGGCUGAUUCCAGAGUCGACUAGAUGGCUGGUGUCCCAAGGUCACCUCGACAAAGUGAGGAAUGCCCUCUGCUCGGAGGCGAGGAAGAAUGGCGUGAACAUGUCGACCAAGGUUCUGGAUAAACUAGAGGACAAGCCGGAGGGGGCAGAGCGCAAGGACGACCGCAGCACGGAGAGCAUGCUCCUCAAGCUCGUGCGCUCCAGGAGGCUGAUGCUGAGGUUCCUCAACUGUUGUACUUGUGAGCUGACGAACGCGUUCGUGUACGUGGGGCUGACGCUGACGUCGGUAGCGGUCGCCGGGGACAAGAACGUCAACUUCGUGCUGGUGGGGCUGGUGGAGGUGCCGGCCAGCGUCGUGACGUACUACACCAUGGACCGCUUCAGCCGGAGGUUGUACCAGGCCACCUCGCUGAUGCUGUGCGCCGCCUGCCUGUUCGCCCUGGCCGCCACGCCCGCGGGUUGUUACUCAACGCGGCUGUACUUGUUCCUGUUCUGCAAGCUGGUGAUCUCCGUCUCAUACACCACCCUCCACGUUUAUGCGUCGGAGAUGUUCCCGACGCCGAUACGCCACUCUGUCAUCAGCACCAGCUGCAUGGUCAGCCGCCUGGGGACCAUGGUCGCACCCAUCACCCCGCUGCUGAUGAAUUACAUGUACUCGCUGCCGCUGAUCCUGUUCGGCUCGAUGUCCCUGGUGUCCGGCCUGCUGGCCUUCAGCUUCCCGGAGACGCUGCGGAAGGACCUCCCCGACACGGUCGAGGAGGCGGAGAACAUCGGCUCGUCCCGGGAGCACGCCCCGACCGUGAAGAUAUGCUAGCCCCGCCGGGCGCACCCCUCGGUCGUUCCCCCGCCGAGGAUCGCGUACGGAGAACUCAACAGUGUGCAGGCACGCAAGAAGAUGUUGGUGCAGCUCAAAAAUUUACAUACCUCGAUUGGUUCUUAUCGUUAAGACAGAGGAGAAGACAAAAUGAUCCUGGAAAAUGAAAGAUUGUAGCCCAAGUAUUUGAAUGGGGUAUUCAACCCUGUGUGUGUUUCAAAACAGCAACAUCUUAAAAACAUAGCUUUAAAAACCAUAGUAUGAAGAACCAAAUUCAUCAGACUUUUUGGAUCUUAACCAUGCGUUAGCAGUAGUUUUCGUAUGAAUUUGUUAAAUCAUCUCCAGGAUAGUAAUAAAUUAUCAGUGACAUGGCUGAAACCCAAAAGUCAAGUGAAUUCAGACAACGGCUACGUAAGCCGGCAUAUUGUUUUGUGUAAACUGGAUAGCUGUGUACACAUAGGUAUCAGGAAAAUAUGUUUUCUUUUCCUAUAAUGAAAUUAUUGGUAAGGCAUUUGAAACAUGUGAGAAAAAUUUAAAUGUUAAUACUUUUCUGUAAUGCCAGUAAGUGUUAAAAAAAAAAUGCUCUAGUUGUUUCAUGUGUUAUUGUGGCCAAGACCAUGAUUGUCAGUCGGUAGUAAAAUUUCAUUGCAGGUCGCGAGUUAAUAACUGAAUAUUAAAUGCCAUAACAUAGUAAGACUUUCUAGGGAGAGGAUUGUCCGAGGUCUUGAGAACUAUAGUUCCAAAUUCUUUGCUGAUGUUAAAGUAGCAAGUACACCAUACUAAAUAUUGUUUUUUUUCCCUGAGGAUUUAACGUGUGUCCUAUGUAAACUUUUUAAACAUUACUGAAUUUUAUUGAAACUAUCAAAUUUUGAACAUUUGGAAAUUCCUACAUGCCCAACGAUUAAAGGCAUAGAAUAGACAAAUUAAAGGAUUUUUUAUUGAUGAUAAAAAAUUGGGAUAUUUUCUUACCUAGCAUAAUAAAGUGUUUUAUAUGUAUAAUUUAUUGAAAAAUUGCAAUUGUACAUAUUUGGCAUAAGAGUUGUUUGGAUGUAGACAUGAAAAUAAAUGUUAUUUUCAGGGUUAGAUGUAUAUGGAAAAUUCAUGGGUGAGAGGUUUAUGUUUUUUUUUUUUUUUUUAAAAUAAUUACAGUAAUUUUAAUAGAAAAUAAACACAGCUUCUUCCUUGAGGAUCAUUAUCAAAAUAUUUUAAAGAUUAUUUUAUUUGUUUGAUUCUAAUUAAAUUGUUGUAUUUAUUUGUGACCAAAUUUUUUUUUUUAGCAUAAGUCUUACGUUAGAUAAUUUUUCCAACAUUAGCUUUAUCAUAAUUUUUCUCAUAAUUUUAUUCCAUGGUAAUAUCUGUUUUCUCAAUUAUAAAUAUGUGCACAAUUACAAUGGGUAGUAAUAUCAUAAAUGAGAUAGUAGCUUGGCUUCUGGGUUGUAGCCACAUCCUUGGUGAAUUAUUCACCAAGGACGUGGCUACAAUCCAGAAGCCAAGCUACUUCAGACAAUGUCUGUGAAAGCCUGGGAACAUUAUAAAUGAGAUAAGUUAAUACAUACAUGGUCAACCAAACAAUGGAAUAUCCCGCAUGUUGCUUACAUAUCAAUUAAUGCACAGUUUUAUCUCUUGCGGUUCACACAAGCUGGUGGCUGGCUGUCUGUGAGAUAGUGGUGAGAGAUAUUCCUCUGUAAUUGACAGCUUCGACUCUGCACUUGUGAGAAUAUCGUGGAACUACGUGAAGAUAAUUUACACGGCCCUUUAAAUCACUUAUGAUCACCUAAUUAGCACUCUCUUAACAUGUUGCAUAGUUUUCUAAUUCCAGGAUUUAAAGCAGUGGAAGUUUUAAAUACCAUCAUAUAACACUAGCAUAAACUCGGUGAAAUUUCGCAGACAACACGUACUAGAAUGUGUGCUGUGAUUGAGAGAGUAAGUGGAGGGCAGGGCAGAAAGAAAGGCAACUAAACUAGUAUAGAUCCUGUUUGAAAACCUUAUUACAGUGAAAGGUCUUAAAUUCAAAACGUUUGGGACCGCGGAAAUCCCGGAUGUAAAGACAAGAUUUUAUAAUUUUAUUUUUAGUCCAAUAUAGUUUUUAAAACAGAAGAUUUUGGUGUUAUUAUUUUUAUAAAAGCUUUUUUGAAAUACUUACUACUAGUGUUGGGCCGAUUCCUAAAAUAUACCGAUUCCGAUUCCAUUUUCGAUUCUUAAAUUAAAGGGUCGAUUCUUCGAAUCCGAUUCCUUAAUUUUUAGCUGACAAUGUUCAACAGAGUAAUAUACUCAGAAAAAAAAGGUUGUUUAUGAUUUAAAAAUAUAAUUGCAUAAUUAUAUAUAAUAUAUAUAUAUAUAUUAUUGAUAUAAUUGUGUUACAUUUUCUGUGCAGAAAUUAACAUUAUAUACAGCUUAUAUAAUGUUAAAAAGUAUGUUCAUUACCAUCAAGUUAUGCUACCUUGAAUUUCUAGCACAAUUUGGCCUUUUAACCUUGCAUAUAGUUAGACGAAACAUGUGUUCAAACACUGCCAAUAAUCAAAGAUGUCUUAUGAUGUAUUUUGUAAAUAAUGUUAUAACUUAACCAACUUUUGAUACCUUACAUUAUCAACUCAAUUAAUUAAUUGUAAAAAAAGAGGUUUGUACGUUUAGGUUAAGAAUUUUAUUUUCAAGCGCAAGUAAAUAAUGAUCCAAAUAAAAUAACAAUAUAACCUCGUUGAUACAUAUUUCAAGGGACCUGGGCGAAAAAAAAUAAAAAGGGGGAAAUGUAAAAAUAAAACUUUAUUAUCUCAUUAUGAUGGAAAUGACAAGAAACAAAUAUGCACCACACUAAAAUAAAAUGUCAGAGAUGCUUAAGUUUUAAUAUAUUAUCUAGAACUUAAUUAUCUCACUUGGUGAAAAGAAUAAAUCCAUCCAGUCUUGCAGUUCUUCACAACCGUAAAGAGAAAAUAAAUUUUCGGUUCUUGACUAAGAACAUUCUGUGCAUGUUUAGCAUCUCAAAAUGUCCACAUUUUAUGGUGAGAUUUUCUUACACAAAAUAAUUAAACUCUUCAAAAAAUCGCGUGAUAACAUUUAAUUCAUUUCAAAAAUUUAUCGGAAACAAUUCUAUUAAACACAACUACUUUCAAAAGAUUGUUUAUGUUUGGUAAUAAAAAUUUACAAACGUUUCAGCAGCAAUGUUUGGAAAUUCAGAUUAGCCAACUGCCUUUCCAAAAUAUAUCUAAUGUAAAAAGAGCAUCGCUGAACACAAGAACGCCGAUUAACAGCAAUUUGGUUAUGUUGCUUUUAAACUUAUUUUAAUAUGGUCGCAGUAAUCCACUGUAAAUUUGGGUAAAAUCUCGUUCAAAAAUUAUUUCAUUUAAUUCUUUAAAGUUUAAAGUGCAGAGAUGUGAAACAUCUUAAUUUUCACGUUGUCACCAAAGAUUUGGUACAUGGCCGUAUGGUUUACCAUGGCCGGUAGCACAAACAAAAACUUAGGUUGUUUACAAUGGCAAAUGUAGCUGCCAUGAUCAAAUAGUUAACGUUUACGUUAUUUUACUUGCCAUUUACAUAAUUUUCUUUAAACAUUUAUGGUUUUGUCUAGUUAUUUUUGAAGGUUUACUAUUAAAUGCAGUGCUGCUGCAACGUAAUUUCCGAAAAAUGCUUUCGUUUUUAAAGCGGGAAAGUAGAUACUGCAUUUGUACUAUAGGGAAAAUGGCGGUGCAAGUAAAUAAAUACGUUAAUUACCGUAAUUCGUAAAUCAGUUCCGUAAAAAAGAUUGUAUUAUGUAGUUUAAAAAUUAUAUUUGCAUUCAUUUUAGUAUUUUCUUACGUUCCGUAGGAGAUGUAUUUUGUAAACUUAAAAACAAUGCAGGAAUCGGUCAUGGUCGAUUCCAAAACCAUUGUAUUCUGAAUCCCACGAUUAUACUGGAAUCGGUGGGACCGAUAGUGAUGGGUCGUUCGUUAACGAUUCGUUCAAAAAGAACGAAUCUUUGAGAGAACGAAAUCUUGCGAUUCGUUCGCGAUGUAAAGAACCGGCUCUUUGAGAGCCGGUACCUUGAAAGAUUCGGUAGAACGAAAAUGCGGAGAGAACGAGAGAACCAACCGGCUCUUUGAGAGCCGGUACCUUGAAAGAUUCGGAAGAACGAAAACGCGGAGAGAACGAGAGAACGAGAUGAGAGAACCGGCCACGGGAAGCCUACAAUGUACAAAAGUUGAGGAACAUCCCGAUGAAGCCCGAAGGGUUAACCUUCGGGCAUCUUCGGAAGUUGGUUUUCUUUUGAAAAAACGCGCGGGAAUGUUAAAUAGAUUGUAAAUAUUGCGCACGAUAACAAUGAAAUAGAGAAUUUGUUUAAAGAAUGUGUAAGAAAUGUGUCUCAGCAGGUAACGACGGCGAGAUCUAGAGCCGAGAAUUUUUUUCAUUUUUUUUAUUGAUUUUUGACCAGUUAUUCCCAACAAACUUUAAUGUAAUGGCAUUGCAUUGUUGGUGCCUUCUUUAACUCCUGGCAACAACUGUUACAUUGCCGGUACUUUCUUUAUGUUUGUAUCUUAAUCCAGUCUUUCUUAAUUUAUUACAUUUGCUGUCAUAUUGACAAAUUAUUGUCGACUUAAAAAUUAGUUUGAAGGCCCUUAAAAACUGUUGACUGCAAGACAUUGGUUAAUAUUACAUUAAAUCACAGCACUCAAUCAAUCAAUCAAUCCAUUUCUUCCCGUUUAUUGCUGUUAUAUUUAUUUCUGGAAGUUGAUUUUAAAACAUCUAAUUUUUUUUCCCCGCUCGAUAUGCGACAGUGGGGUUCACACUAGGAGGGGAUUGUGAAAUAAGCAGUGCGAGAGUGUUCUGCUUGUAGACUGCCACGGGUGCAUUUAAUUAAUUAAUUUAAUACAAUGAUAUUUCUCUUUGUAUCUAUUGCAUGUUACCUUAAUGUUUCAUUUUCCUGUGGUGGCAAAUACAAAAUCAGCUACAUGCAUUUACACCUGCUGUCACCCGGUCCUCUGUGGAAGGCCCGGGGAAUACCUGACGGGCUGUACGGGUGUUGUAAUGAUGAUGAUGAUGUCCGGAGGGCGCCAGGAUAGCUUGGAAACCUUGGCCGUUGUUGGUCGUGGGUGCAUUGCCCCAGCGUGCCCCGUCUAUAUCUUAAUUGUAACAUUUUAAACUUUCUAUAUAAUCAAUCUGGGAUUUAUAAUGUUUGUAGGCCUAUCAAUUCCUAACUCAAUGAAAAAUGUAUGUACAUACUUAUAAAAUUGUGAUAUAAUAAUUUGGUUAGCAUUUUUAAUUAAUUUUUAUGUAUUUACUGGUCAUAAUAAAAAACUUUUAAAUGUUCUCCUGUAAACUUAGAUAAAUGGACAUAGCACCCUUUCCCUAUGGGGUACAGAAAUGUUUAAAUUGAAGAAAGUUAUUUUAGCCCAAUUUUAAAGUUAAAACUAAUAACUUUGAAUUGUAUUUGUGUGUGUACAUAUUCUAAUGUUUAAUGGCUGAUUCAUGUAUGUUACGCAGGAACUGUUUUGUUUGUUAUUGAGUAUAUGUACUUACUGUCAUUAUUCUGAGCAUUUUCCUGCUUAAGUUUUGUUCGAGGAAUAACUAAUAGAAUAUUACCAGAUUACAUUUACAGGAAUCAAGUACAUUUAAAGAGAAUAGGAGUUACUAGCCAUAUAGCAUUUAAAGCAGAAAAUUUUAAUGUAUCAGCUGAUAUUUGGGUUGCUGGGAAAGAAUUGGAUACAUGUAUGCAUGUUAUUGCAUCUAACAGUUUAUUUCAGAGAUACCAGAACGUACUAUACUUCAACUAACUAUGUUUAACAUCUAGGCACACUGAAGUUAUAUAACUUGUGAUGACACAAAUUCUGUUGGUCAAAAUAACAAAUAAUUAUUUUAUUUAAUUUUUUUUUGCACAAAUUAAAGAUUCUGUUUCUCACCAUAAAAGUAAUUUUUCACAUAGAUGGAUACUGAGGUUCAACACAAUUGUGUGCUUUAGUGUAUGUUGACUUGCAGAGUGUCAUCUGGUCGUAGAAUGUAAAGAGGAAAUAUUACUCUGUAAUCUCUGUUUUGGUAAUGCUCAGUACAGAAAUAAUACAUUUAUUUAUGUGAAAGUUAGAGCCCACAGUUUCAUCACAAAUAUAUUAAUGGAAAUAAACAUAAAUAUUGAGUAAUUUUUAAA